AUGGCUGCUGUCAAGACACUUGCUACACUCACUUUCGUGACUCUGGUCAAUGGCCAUGGCUACCUGUGGGAGCCCCCAAGUCGAGUUCGCUUAAACUAUGAAGCUGGUGUUGAUACUUGCCCCGAAUGUACAAUCCUCGAGCCUGUUGCAUCAUGGCCCGACCUCAACUCGGCACCAGUCAGCAGAAGUGGUGUGUGCGGUUACAAUGCCCGAGUCAGUGUCGACUACAACCCUCCAGGAGCCAACUGGGGCAGCGAGGUCGUCGAGACUUAUGCCGCAGGUGACACUGUAGAGGUCGUCUGGUGUAUUGAUGCCAAUGGCGACCACGGUGGCAUGUUUACCUACCGCCUCUGCCAGGACCAGGACAUUGUUGACAAGUUCCUGGACCCGAGCUACACGCCAACCGACGACGACAAGCAGGCUGCAGAGGACUGCUUCGAGUCUGGCGUCUUGGCCUGUACCGAUGUCGACGGACAGACUUGCGACUACAGUGCCGACUGCGCAGAGGGAGAAGCCUGCUGGGACAACACCUGGUUCACAUGCGACCAGUUUGGAAACGGUGGUUGCAUUGGUGUCGACGCCGCAGCUCUCAACUCUUGCAGCACCGUUACGGCCGGCGGCUAUACCGUCACCAAGAAGAUCAAGCUCCCGGAUGACUUUACCUCUGAUCACACCCUGCUCUCAUGGAAGUGGAACAGCUUCCAGACUGGCCAAAUCUACCUUGGCUGCGCUGACAUUGCCAUUACUGGCGGUACUGGAGGCAGCGACCCAGAUCCCCAGCCCUCGACUACUGCCACUGCCACUGCUACCGCGACCGCGACUGCCACCACCUCUACGGCUCCCGCUCCCACGUCUGAAGGGUGCGCAGUCGUCUUCAAUGAAGCCGUAACUGUCGACUCGGGCAUCACCGUCAAGGUGGCCGGAUCUAUCGCGGAACUGGGCAGCUGGGACACUUCGGCCGCCGUCGCCCUGACCUCGUCUGGCUCGUCCUGGUCCGUCACUGUCCCCAUUGCCGCCGGUACUUCUUUCGAGUACAAGUACAUCCAGGUCGACGCAUCUGGCAACGUUUCUUGGGAGAGCGACCCGAACCGCCAGUACACUGUCGAUGCAUCGUGUGCUGCUGCAGUCCCGGUCGAUGACACUUGGCAGUAG